AUGGUCGACUGGGACCAUGCCUACAUUAUGAUUGCGCGGCCCUUCUUCGCCGACUUGGGCACCCGUCCGGGCUCCUACGUCCCGAUCACGGCGCUGGCUUGUCUGUAUGAGCGCCGCAACGUCGGCAUCGAGGAAAGCUUCAACAAGGCCGGACUGACGACGACUGCGUUGUGGGACGGCGACCGGACGGCCGUCCACGGCGCCAACAGCGAGGCGCGUUCCGGGCUGAACAUCCACGAUUUCCGGGCCGCCAACGGGCGGCAGAUCGCGCGCCUGCACCGGUGCCUCGUCGACCUGCUGCUGGUGGACGCGGCCGGGCUCCCUGAACAGGCCUCGGUGCCUGCGAUGCAGGCCUUUAUCGAUAACGACGUCCCGUUCCCGGACGUCAUCGACGACUAA